UGCGUACAAGAAUAAAUUCGCUUACUGGUCUCAAUCAGUCUCAAAUAUUAAAUUGAAAUAUUUGCAGAUCGACGAAUAUUUUACGCAUUCCAUUGAGUGUUUUAUAAACAUUAAGUGGAACAGUACAACGACGAAGCGAACAUAAAAAUAAGCAUUGAUUUCUUGAAAAGAUUCAUAUUCACUUGAAAUACCUGGUGUGAAGGCAACAUAAAAAUGUCAUCUUCUUCGCAAAAUCAACAAAAUUCACCCGAACCGGCUCUGAGUCGAAGUGGUCGUGUUCGCAAGCCAAAGGUAUUUUAUGAUCCAUCGCAUUCGAUUGAUAAACGUCGAUCAUUGCCAAAUAUGGAAACAACAAAGUCGAAAAAAUCAACGAAAGCAACGGAAUCUGAGCCAAUGACGAAUGUGGAAAAAACAAAACGAACUCCACCAGUAAAUGCAGCUACGAUCAAUAAUCGACGACGUACAAUAUGUGCAGCAUCUUUUAUCAUUCCUGAUGAUGGAACCGGUUGCAUCGUUUGUGGCCGUGCUGAUAUAAAAAAAGGUCGAUUCGUCAGUUGUAUUGAUUGUAUCAAACGAGGACAUUUCACGUGCCUACGAAAUGAUAAACUGUUCAAGACCGCCGAUCAAGAGAAUAACUGGCAGUGUCCAGCAUGUAAAAUUUGCGAACAUUGUCGCAAGUUUAAACCCACUGAACAACUUUACAAAUGUAUCAUUUGCUUGAAUUCCUAUCAUUUACACUGUUCCAGUAAAUUUGCACCGUUGCCAAAAAAUGUGGUAAAAAAGAAGUUUACAUGUGGCAUAUGUACAAAAGGCACAACAGUUUCGAAACCGACGAUCGUCGAAUCGACUACACGUUCAUUGAUUCCAAAUCGAAAAUCGGAUGGUUUUCCCGGUUUUGCCCAUGAAGAAGCCACAAAAAUUGAGGUCAAGACAAGUACUGCGGUGGCAAAGGCAAAGAAAGCAAUGUCCUUCCCGGUGAAUCAAACAGCAAGUCAAUCGUCAUCAAAUCGUACAUCAAAUGCCGAAAGUGUCGAAAUGAAAGCGGAGUCAGAAAUAAAGAAAGAAAAGGCAUCGCCAACACCGGAUCAUGAUAUUAACAAUACUGAAUCAUAUGAACCACCAUCACAAGUCGAAAACACAAAGAAGAUAGCGGUUAGAAAGGAUUUGGUGGAACCAACAUUCAUGGAAACCGAUGUGGAAAUGCCAGAAAGUGGUGCUGCAUUCGAUUAUGAUACGAAAACGGUAAUCACACCGCAUGAAAGUGUGCCCGACGUUAAGAAAUGGGAUUGUGAUGAGGUAUGCACAUAUUUCAUGGCAAUCGCACCUCAGUACGUGCAGUUGUUGAAAGAUAAUCAAAUCGAUGGCGAUGCAUUAUUGCUGAUCAGACGCGAAGAUGUACUGAAUCGUUUUAGCUUGAAAUUGGGCCCAGCACUCCGAUUAUACACCCACAUCGUAGAGUUACAAUACAAGAACAAUAAUCCGAUUCUUGCUUGGAACGAAUUCUAUUAAUUUUGCAUGUGAAUAAGUUCAAAAUGCCUUAAUGGAUAAAUUUUAGUUUUUAUUUUUAAGAUUUAUGUUCAUGGAAUUUUAAUGCUUUUUUUUAUUCGUCUUAUAUUUUUAAAAUGGUCGCACAGGAAUUUCAUUUUUCUUUCGCCUUAAGGUUCAUCAUUUAACAUUAUGAAAGAAAUUAUGCUAAAAAGAAGAGAAUUCAUACUCAUUAAAUGUUGCUCGGUUCGGAUUUGUGUUCAUAUAUACAUUAAUUUCUAAAUAUUUUCACAUAAAAAAUAUUUUCCGCAUAAAUUGUUACAAUUCUUGCUGAAUAAAAGAAUUUCCUCAUUCAAA